ACGCUGUCAACAAUACCGCGUCUGACGGCUCAGUUAUCUUCCGUCAUCUCUCCCAGCUCUGUUUAUAAGCUCCUCAGCCGCUUAUUUUAUCGAAUCCCUAUCGGUUUCGUCUCCUGAGUCCCGAGUUUCGUUGCAUGCACCAAAAGAUAUAAAUACAACCCAACAUAUAGCUACGAUCUUAUCUUUCAGCUGUGUCAACUGAGACCUAGUCUUUCGUCUUCUUCAAGAUUUGAAAGAAAACAAGCAAAUGGUGUACACCAUCUGAUGCAUAACAAAUAGCAUGGACUCGGAACAAAUUUUCAGCUACAGAACAACCGGUCAAACCUCAUCAUACCCACAAACUCCCCAAAUCCCCACAAAACUAAUCAAUUCCCUAAAAUUCGAAUCAAGAAACUCCCCAAAAUCCCCAUUUUUAACACCUUUCGAUUCAGAAACAUUCACCGCAUUAAGCGACAACAGCCCUUCUUCCGUUGAAGAUUGCACCUCUUUUAACCACAGUGGCACUGCCUACAUGAAAAAUGCUCUUCACGAUAUAGAAACCACCCUAAUGGCUCCAGAUGAUGACGUCACCAUGCCCAUGACCUGUAUGGGUCAACCCGGAUCCAAUCUAAACAACUUGCUCAUCGCAUGUGCAAGUGCUUUAGCAAGCAACAAUCCUGACGAAUUUGAAAAAUUAGUGGAACAAGCAAGGGCAUUUGUGUCAAUUAGCGGCGACCCAAUUCAACGUUUAGGCGCGUAUAUAGUCGAAGGGUUGGUAGCAAGAAAGGAAUGUUCAGGGAACAAUAUUUAUCGGGCUUUAAGGUGUAAAGAACCCGAAGGUAAAGAAUUACUUUCCUACAUGCAUAUUUUAUACGAAAUUUGCCCGUAUUUGAAAUUCGGGUAUAUGGCUGCAAACGGGGCGAUAGCCGAAGCAGUUAGAACCGAAGACCGUAUCCACAUCAUUGACUUCCAAAUAGCCCAAGGCACCCAAUGGAUGACCCUUUUACAAGCCCUAGCGGCCCGACCCGGUGGGCCCCCACACGUGCGUAUCACCGGAAUCGACGAUCCCGUUUCCAGAUACGCACGUGGUGAUUCUUUGGAAUUAGUCGGGAAACGGUUGGAAUCGGUUUCACAAAAGUUCAAAAUCCCGAUCGAGUUUCAUCCGAUUCAAGUAUUCGCACCGUUUGUGACUAAAGAAAUGCUCGAUGUGAGGCCAGGUGAGGCUCUCGCAGUCAACUUUGCCCUUCAAUUGCAUCACAUGGCGGAUGAGAGCGUUGACUUGUCAAACCCUAGAGACGAGAGGUUGAGAAUGGUGAAAUCUUUGAAUCCGAAGGUUGUUACGUUAGUUGAACAAGAAUCGAAUACGAAUACUGCAGCGUUCUUUCCAAGAUUCUUGGAGGUUUUGGACUAUUACACUGCGAUGUUUGAAAGUAUGGAUGUGACGUUACCGAUCGAUAGGAAAAAGAGGAUUAAGGUUGAACAACAUUGUUUGGCGCGAGAUAUUGUGAAUAUUAUUGCGUGUGAAGGUAAGGAAAGAGUGGAAAGACAUGAGUUGUUUAUGAAGUGGAGGUCGAGGUUUAUGAUGGCGGGAUUUACGCAGUGUUCGUUGAGUCCGUAUGUGAAUUCGGUUAUUAGGAAUCUUUUGAAGCGUUAUUCAGAGAAUUAUACGUUGGUUGAGAAAGAUGGAGCUAUGUUGUUGGGGUGGAAAGAGAGGAAUCUUAUUUCGGCAUCUGCAUGGCAUUGAGACUGUGGUUUGUUAUAUGGGACAUGACAAGACAGAAUAAGAUAAUAUUUGACAGGUUGAGACAUGAUUAGAUUUAACUGGACCGAGAACGUACGAGACAUGUCAUUCUAUGUCUUUUUAAGAUGAUACACUGAGCUUUGUCAUGUGCAGUGUCAACUGAGAUCGAAGACACAUGGAAAGUGGUAAAUGUUAGAGCAACAUGGUUUUUUUUUCUUGUAAUCAAAUAAGGCUAAAAUAAGAUGCGGUAGUUUUGGGUUUAAAGAUAGAUGAGUUUUUUUUCAUUGGUUAAAAUGAUGGUUAGUAAUGUUAGUUAUUAAAACAUUGUUUAUUGUUAGUAGAGUUGUAUGAAAAUAUUCUUUAGGAGUAUGUUAAUAUGUUUGAUGAA